UCAAGGGAGACGGACAGCAGAAGCAGACUUUCUCGAGAAACCGUCAACCAACAAACUUCGGAAGUUGGUCGUGGAAAUAGAGAGAUGAAUUCGUCGAUUUUGGCAGCAUUUUUGCUGCUGGUGCUGGCAGCAUGGACGGCCGCUGAAGGUGAAAAAUCCUACUGCGAUAAGACACCGACUGGAUACCCCGAACUCUGUUCUUGUGCGUUCCGACAUUGCAAGGCAGAAUGCGCCGGAAAUACCAUCUGGACAAUGAGGAACGUCAAGUUGAAGAUUUGCAUCCUCUACUGUGGCUUCAACCGAAGGUGUAAGGCGGUUCAGUACAGGAAAAGGCAGUGUACCUUAAAGUAUCGUGUCUGCCGUGCUUGCGAUUUGAAAAAGAAGGGAAACCGCUCCUACCAUCUGUAUACCAAGCUAGGUCGAUGCCGAUCACGAGAAUUUAAGUGCAGAAGCCGAGGCGGCCAGUGUAAGGGCGUCAAUGCCUGUAAACGCCGCAUACCUGUGAAAGGAGUUUGCCCAGGACGCUUAGUCUGUUGUCGAGGAACUGCAUGCUCCCGCGGUUACGUUCGCCGAUACAACGGAAGUCAAUGGCAAUGCCUACUAAAAUGCGGCAGUGGUUACCAACAUGUCUUUAGUUCAGGAAGAUGGAAAUGCGUCAGACGCUUCGGAUGUCGCAAGGGUUUCAGACGUGUAUUCGUUCUAGGAAAAUGGAAAUGCGUUAAACGUUGUCCCCGUGGUUUCCGCCGUGUUUUCUUCAACGGGGUAUGGAGAUGCAUUAACCGAUGCGGACGUGGUUACCGGCUAAGUUAUGUCAGGGAGAAAUGGUCAUGCAUACGACGAUGCGGAGUUGGUUACCGUCGAACAUAUUUCAAGGGAGGGUGGAAAUGCAGUAAAAAAUGCAGCAGAGGAUUCAAUCUUUUAUUCGUUGGAGGGAAAUUGCGAUGCAUCAAACAUCCAAUCCUUUGCAGAAGGAAGCGUUGUAGAUCGACUAGACAGAUAUGCAGGUAUGGCAGGAAGAAGGUUUACAGAAACGAUCGCCGGGGAUGUCGACAGUGUUACCGAGUAUGCAAAAGCAAACCUGUUUGCAGAAGGAAGCGUUGCAGAUCGACUAGACAGAUAUGCAGGUAUGGCAGGAAGAAGGUUUACAGAAACGAUCGCCGGGGAUGUCGACAGUGUUACCGAGUAUGCAAAAGCAAACCUGCAAAAAGAUAUGCAGGUACGGCAGGAAGACGGUUUACAGAAACGAUCGCCAGGGAUGUCGACAGUGUUACCGAGUAUGCAAAAGCAAACCUGUUUGCAGAAGGAAGCGUUGUAGAUCGACUAGACAGAUAUGCAGGUACGGCAGGAAGAAGGUUUACAGAAACGAUCGCCAGGGAUGUCGACAGUGCUACCGAGUAUGCAAAAGCAAACCUGUUUGCAGAAGGAAGCGUUGUAGAUCGACUAGACAGAUAUGCAGGUAUGGCAGGAAGAAGGUUUACAGAAACGAUCGCCGGGGAUGUCGACAGUGUUACCGAGUGUGCAAAAGCAAACCUGUUUGCAGAAGGAAGCGUUGCAGAUCGACUAGACAGAUAUGCAGGUACGGCAGGAAGACGGUUUACAGAAACGAUCGCCGGGGAUGUCGACAGUGUUACCGAGUAUGCAAAAGCAAACCUGUGUGCAGAAGGAAGCGUUGUAGAUCGACUAGACAGAUAUGCAGGUACGGCAGGAAGAAGGUUUACAGAAACGAUCGCCGGGGAUGUCGACAGUGUUACCGAGUAUGCAAAAGCAAACCUGGUUGCAAAAGGAAGCGUUGUGUCUUAAGCAAAAAGAUAUGCAGGUACGGCAGGAAGACGGUUUACAGAAACGAUCGCCAGGGAUGUCGACAGUGUUACCGAGUAUGCAAAAGCA